GUGGGGGAGGGGGCUGGGGAAAGCCCGAGGGAGGAGGAGGAGAAGGAGGGAGGAACUUCCCAAAGUUGCAAAACAUGGCUACCUUGCCUGCUGAGCCGAGCGCUGGGCCGGCGGCCGGGGGGAAGGCGGUGGCGGCGGCAACCGAAGAGGAGGAGGAGGAAGCACGCCAGCUCUUGCAGACUUUGCAGGCGGCCGAGGGUGAGGCGGCGGCGGCGGCCGGGGCCGGGGCGGGCGAAGCGGCUGCGGGAGCGGAGGACUCGGGGUCCCCGGGCGUCCCCGGGUCACCCCCCGAGGCCGCUGCCGAGCCGCCCUCGGGCCUCCGCUUCUCGCCAGAGCAGGUGGCGUGCGUGUGCGAGGCGCUGCUGCAGGCGGGCCACGCCGGCCGCUUGAGCCGCUUCCUGGGCGCGCUGCCCCCGGCCGAGCGCCUACGUGGCAGCGACCCGGUGCUGCGCGCGCGGGCCCUGGUGGCCUUCCAGAGGGGCGAGUACGCCGAGCUCUACCGGCUCCUCGAGAGCCGGCCCUUCCCCGCCGCCCACCACGCCUUCCUGCAGGACCUCUACCUGCGCGCGCGCUACCAUGAGGCUGAGCGGGCCCGCGGCCGCGCGCUGGGCGCAGUGGACAAAUACCGACUGCGCAAGAAGUUCCCGCUGCCCAAGACCAUCUGGGACGGCGAGGAGACCGUCUACUGCUUCAAGGAGCGCUCCCGCGCCGCGCUCAAGGCCUGCUACCGCGGCAACCGCUACCCGACCCCGGACGAGAAGCGCCGCCUGGCCACGCUCACCGGCCUCUCGCUCACGCAGGUCAGCAACUGGUUCAAGAACCGGCGACAGCGCGACCGAACCGGGGCUGGCGGCGGCGCUCCCUGCAAGAGUGAGUCUGAUGGGAACCCCACUACUGAAGAUGAGUCCAGCCGAAGUCCUGAGGACCUGGAGAGUGGAGUGGCCACCGUGGCUGCUGAGGCCCCCACCCAGAGCUCCAUAUUCUUGGGGGGGCCCACUCCUCCAGCUCCAUGCCCUGCCUCCUCCUCCAUCCUGGUGAACGGGAGCUUCCUGGCUGCCAGUAGCUCCCCGACAGUGCUCCUCAACGGCAGCCCUGUCAUCAUCAACAGCUUGGCCCUGGGCGAGGCCUCCAGCUUGGGCCCCCUGCUGCUGACAGGCGGAGGGGCCGCCCCUCCUCCACAGCCCAGUCCCCAGGGCACCAGCGAAGCCAAGACCUCCCUGGUCUUGGACCCUCAGACCGGUGAGGUUCGGCUGGAAGAGGCUCCAUCUGAGGUCCCUGAGACCAAAGGGGCCCAGGUGGCUGCUUCAUUGCCCACUGGAGAGGAGGUCUCAGGGCCCCUGCCCCAAGUGGUACCUGGCCCCCCAUCUGCAGCCAACUUCUCUCUGCCCCCAGGACCAGUGCCCACGGUGGCUGCCCCCCAGGUGGUGCCACUGUCUCCACCCCCUGGGUAUCCCACAGGCCUGGGUGCCACUUCCCCACUGUUGAACCUGCCCCAGGUGGUGCCUACUUCCCAGGUGGUGACCCUGCCCCAGGCCAUGGGGCCACUGCAGCUGUUGGCAGCUGGCCCAGGCAGCCCUGUGAAGGUGGCAGCUGCAGCGGGCCCUGCCAAUGUGCACCUGAUAAACUCUGGGGUGGGCGUGACUGCCCUACAGCUGCCUUCGGCCACUGCCCCAGGAAACUUCCUCCUGGCCAACCCUGUAUCCGGCAGCCCCAUUGUCACAGGUGUGGCAGUGCAGCAGGGGAAGAUCAUCCUCACUGCCACCUUCCCCACUAGCAUGCUGGUUUCCCAGGUCCUGCCACCAGCCCCCAGCCUGGCCCUUCCCCUGAAGCCAGAGACGACAAUCUCCGUCCCUGAAGGAGCCCUCCCGGUGGUCCCCAGCCCCGCACUCCCAGAGGCCCAUGCCUUGGGCACACUUUCUGCUCAGGUGCCGCCACCACCCACUGUGGCCACCUCUGUGGCCAGCCUGCCUUUCUCCUCGGAGUCCUCCAGCCUCCUGCCCAGCUUCCCAGCACCUCCGGCAGAGGGUCUGAUGCUGUCACCUGCAGCUGUGCCUGUCUGGUCAGCAGGGCUAGAACUGAGCACAGGAGCAGAGGGACUGCUAGAUGCAGAAAAGGGGCUGGAGACACAGGUCCCCCAUGCUGUGCUGAGGCUGCCGGGCCCUGACCCCGAGGGGCUGCUCCUAGGGGCCAACGCAGCGGCCGAGGUUGACGAGGGGCUAGAAGCAGAGGCCAAGGUUCUGACUCAGCUGCAGUCAGUGCCUGUAGAGGAGCCCUUGGAACUGUGACCAGCCAGCCUCACUCAUGCCUCUCCUGACAAUGGUGCUCAAGAUGCAGGGACAGAUGGGGGAGAAGGGACUCUUCAGAAAGACACUUGUCAUGACCUGAAGGUCCCUCCACACUACAUCCUUCCAGCCCGGGGAACCUCUCCAAGUCCUAGAGGUACCAGGGGGAUUUGCCCCUGAAUGGGGCACUGUCCUUCUCUGGGUGGGAGGACUUCUGUUACAACCCUCUCCUGCCCUGCCCUGCUAUAUAAAGGGGACCUGGGGUCCCGACUCAGGGGCUCUGCCCUCCACCUGGUACUUGGCUAUGAGCUGCAGACCUGCCAGAUGGCCCUCGAUCCUAACACUAUUAAUAGCUCUGCUGAUAGCGGUAUGCUCGGAACUGCUUGGAAUCUAGGGUGGAGAAUGGAGUCCUGGGUCCAAGGACUGAAACCUUCCCAGCUUGGCCCUCCUGGGAGGGCAGGGUCUUUCCUUGGUACCCUGGACUCGAGCCCCCAUGAUCACCUCCAGCCCCAGACCAAAGAUGGCCUCACUCCUGAGGCAACCCUGACCCCUGUGUCUAGUUUGUAUCCUAAAUCUCUAUUUUUCUAGGACAUGUUAUGCCUCCAUUUCAAUUAAAGGUAACAGACAACAGAA